AUGUCCUCGACGGCGACGAUCAGCUCGCAUGUGCAGCAACAAGUUGCCUUGCUGGCUUCUGCAAGUGAGGUGCAGCUGCAGGUCAUGGUGUCUAAGUUUCUUGGCUAUGGCAUCUUGGUUGGAUCUCUGUUCCUGCAGGUCCCUCAGCUCCUCCGCAUCCUCCUCUCUCGCAGUGUCGUCGGGCUUUCUGCAACCGCGAGGUACAGCGAAGUUCCGAUCAACAGCAGCAGCGUCAUCUACCACUUCCUCCUCGGGUAUCCACUGGCUUGCUAUGGAGAGAACAUCGUCGUCCUCAUUCAGAACUUGAUCGUCGUCGCGCUUAUCUGGGCAUGGAGGACGCCGAGGGUUCCAGUCCGAGAGAUGCUGUUUUGCACCUUGUCCUUCGUCGUGCUCUGUGCAGCUCAACUCUCGCUCCCCAAGGAGCUUCUCCCCUGGCUCAUCUACGUCAACAUCCCAUUCAUCUUCGGCUCGACGGUACCUCAGAUCCUGGCGAACGCGAGGCAGGGGCACACAGGGCAGCUCUCGAUCCUCACGUGCUUUCUAAAGCUGGUCGGAUGCUGCGUCAGAAUCUUCACCACCAUAACUCAGAUCGGUCUUGAUCCCGGGCUGCUGCUGGGCUACUUUGCAGGCGCGAGCAUGAACCUGACGCUGGUCCUGCAAGGUUUCUACUACCGCGAUGCGACAGCACAGCUGAACGAGGAGGAGAGGAGGAAGAGAGAUGCAGACAAGAAGUCGAUAUGA